CUCUCUCUAUCUCUCUCUCUUGAUCGAUCGAUUAUAAAUCCACCAACCCUGCUCCACUGGUUUCCUCCCUCGCCUUUUCCCUACCUAUUCAGCCUUGAAGAUUUAAAAGAAAUAUAUAGAAUAAACUAAUCACAGCUUCUUUAUUCAUUUAGUGGCAUUCCAUGUGCAUUGGAAUCACACACUUGUGCUGUCUGUGUUAUCUUAAUUAACCCCACCGUUCCAUUCAUUGAUUAUACUCUCCCAACCGCUGUAUAUAUAAAACCUCGUUUCUGUUCCUUCAGUAUUCCUCCCACUUUAGCUCUUCUUAUUUUUUUAUUAUAUUCUUCUCCUCAGUUUCAUCAAAGUCAAGUUCUGCUAACUAUUAGCUGCUGCAAAUGGGUGAAGAAGCUAAACAGGCAGAGGCCAAGCCGGAGGAGAAAGUUGAAGAGAAAAAGGAGGAGAAGCCUGCUGAGGAAGAGAAGAAGGAAGAGCCAAAACCUCCAUCUCCCUUUGUCUUGUUAGUGGACCUGCAUUGUGUGGGAUGUGCGAAGAAGAUUGAGAAGUCCAUCAUGAAGAUUAGAGGUGUGGAGGGAGUAGUGAUAGAUAUGGCUCAAAACCAGGUUACUAUAAAAGGAAUCAUUGAACCUCAAGCUGUUUGCAACAGAAUCAUGAAGAAAACCAAGAGAAGAGCUAAAGUAUUAUCUCCAUUACCAGAAGCUGAGGGUGAACCAAUGCCCCAAGUUGUCACCUCACAGGUUAGCGAAUCAACAACUGUAGAGUUAAACGUAAACAUGCACUGUGAGGCCUGUGCUGAGCAACUUAAAAGAAAGAUACUCAAAAUGAGAGGAGUGCAAACAGCUUCAACGGAGUUAAGCACAGGAAAAGUAACAGUGACGGGAACCAUGGACGCUGACAAGCUGGUGGAUUAUGUUUAUAGACGCACCAAGAAGCAAGCGAAAAUAGUGCCACAGCCUGAGCCUGAACCAGAAAAGAAAGAAGAGAAAAAAGAAGAGAAACCUGCAGAAGAACCGAAACCAGAAGAGAAAAAAGAAGAAAACUCGGAGAAGAAAGAAGAGGAUAAAAAACCUCCAGAAGAGGAACCCAAGAAGCAAGAUGGUGAAAACCCUGAACAGAAUGAGAACAAGGAAGAGGCCAAGAAGGAAGAAGGAGGAGAUCAGAAUAUCGAAAUCAUUACCACCAUGGAUGAAGAAGGGAUGAAGAGAAUGAUGUACUAUUACCAGCCACUUUAUGUGAUUGAGCGAAUCCCACCCCCUCAGCUCUUCAGCGAUGAGAAUCCCAACGCGUGUUCUAUUUCUUGAUUGAUUAAUCAAUCGAUCAAAUUCUCUCUCUCUCUAUAUAUAAAUAUACUCCAAGCACUUCCACUUGCGAUGAUGAUUUUUGGAGGAGCUUGAUCAGUGGAAGGUGUCAAAUAAUUAUGGGAAAAUGGGUAUUGUUUUAGAGAUUGCACCCAUCAGCCAUCAAUAGUUAAUAUCAUCAUUCUGUGUUCUAUGUAAUUUAUCAUGUAUUAAGUGAAGCAUGCAAUACAAAAUUUGCCAUCUUUUCAAUA